CAAAACAAGAAGCCACAAACGCACUCACUUAGACGCAUGCACUAGCUUAGUGUAUAGUGUUCCCCUCCAAUAAUAUAUCUUUUUUUUAGGUCCCCUCCAGUAAUAUAUCUCUUUUAUUUUUCUUAAGAGCAUUAAAUAUUCUUAUAUAACAACCUAAAAAGCUAGUGCAAAACACACAAAAAAUGAUGGCUAGUGAAGGUUGGCCAGAGCCAGUGAUUAGAGUCCAAGCCUUAGCUGAAAGUGGCAUAAGCUCAAUCCCUCAACAUUUCAUCAAACCAAAAUCCCAAAGACCUACCAAAACAAACUCUUUCACUAGCCAAACUUUUCAUCAUGUUCAUGAUGAAAACAACAAGAAUAACAUCAAUAUUCCAGUCAUUGAUUUACAACACUUAUACGGCGAGGACGAGAAGCUCCGCGAGGAGACGCUAAAGCGCGUCUCGGAGGCGUGUAGAGAAUGGGGAUUCUUCCAAGUUUUGAACCAUGGAGUUAGUCAUGACUUGAUGAAACGUGCUAGGGAAGUUUGGCGUGAGUUUUUUGAACUACCACUUGAGGUGAAAGAGGAGUAUGCUAAUUCUCCUACCACUUAUGAGGGAUAUGGAAGUCGUUUGGGAGUGAAAAAAGGUGCCAUUUUGGAUUGGAGUGACUACUUUUUUCUUCAUUACAUGCCUUGCUCACUUAGGGACCAAACCAAGUGGCCUUCCCUUCCAACUUCUUUAAGGAAUGUGAUCAACGAAUAUGGUGAAGAAGUUGUGAAGUUAGGAGGAAGAGUACUUGAAUUAUUGUCAAUUAAUCUUGGCCUUAAUGAUGAUUUCCUUCUAAAUGCAUUUGGUGGUGAAAAUGAUCUUGGUGGUUGCUUAAGGGUGAAUUUCUAUCCAAAGUGUCCUCAACCUGAUCUCACUCUUGGUCUCUCCUCUCACUCUGACCCUGGUGGUUUGACCAUUCUUCUUCCUGAUGAUUAUGUAUCUGGACUUCAAGUACGUAGAGGAGAAGAUUGGAUCACAGUUAAGCCUGUCCCAAAUGCUUUCAUCAUCAAUAUUGGUGACCAAAUUCAGGUGUUAAGCAAUGCAAUAUACAAAAGCAUAGAACACAGAGUAAUUGUGAACUCCAACAAAGAUAGAGUUUCAUUGGCCUUCUUUUAUAAUCCAAGAAGUGAUUUACUAAUUCAACCUGCUAAGGAACUUAUCACUAAGGAUAGGCCAGCACUCUACCCACCAAUGACAUUUGAUGAAUAUAGACUUUACAUUAGGACAAAAGGGCCUUGUGGAAAAGCUCAAGUAGAAUCUUUGGUUUCUCAAAAGUGAUUUCUAUUCAUUUUGUCAUUAGUUUUCAAUUAAUGGAUCUUGUUUUUCAAUUAAUUAAGUAAAUGUAUUUAAUUUUGGAUUUUAUUUAAUCAUCUAAUCCAAUAUUUUAUAUCCAAAAAUGAAUUUACACAU